GUCUACAUAACCACGCAUUUCCGUAAACUUCUCACUGCGAAAGUCCCUGCGCGGGGCUUUUGAGGUCUGGCUCUUGACUGUGUAACAUGUGUGAUGGAAGUGUCACAAAGGUGCAACGUGCUGGAAAGGAGAUUGUCAUUUCCGAAGCCAAAGUACACGAAAAACGAAUGAGCUGGCCGUAGCCACUUCCAGUUUAUGUAACCUCCCAGUUGCUUAGCCGACUAAGAGCUAUUUCUCGCAGAGUGAACACCAUGACAACCACAAGUUGAUAAUGGAGGUCCAAAGCCAUCCAGAGAAUCCUGGCUCUGUUACAGAAACAGAUGUAAUCAUAGACUGAGAGGGCAUUGCUGGAAACAGGUGAUAUCAAGAAACACGAUUCUGCCAGCAAAACAGAAUAAGUGUAGCAAGUGUGUGAUAAUAUUUAAGAUGUCAGUAGCACAAUGGAGUCUUGCUUCAAAAGUGUAAUGAGUGGGAAAGAAUUUGCACAAGCAAGUUACCAGAAGAAACACAUGAAACGUCACACUGGUGUCAGACCUUAUCAGUGUUGUGAGUGUGGGAAAGAAUUCACAGAAAAUGGCCAUCUGAAAAGACACAUGAAGAAACAUGAGAGUGGUCAGAGUGAUGUGAAUGGGAAACCUCAUCAGUGUGGGGAAUGUGGGAAAGUGUGUACAAGAUCAAGUAACUUGCAGACACACAUGAUGAGUCACAGUAGAAUAAAGUCCUUUGAGUGUGAAGUGUGUGGGCAAGUAUUUACAAGAUCAAGGAGCAUGAAGAUGCACCAGAAGAGUCUUCACUGUGGAAUCAAGCCUUUCAAGUGUGCUGAAUGUGGGAAAACAUUUUCACGAAGAGGUACUCUGGAGGGACACAUGAGGAUUCACGAUGGAGUCAAGCCCUUUGAGUGUGAUGAGUGUGGGAAAGCAUUUACACAAAGAGGUACUCUGAAGACUCACAUGAGGCUCCACAAUGGUAUCAAGCCUUUCAAGUGUGCUGAAUGUGGGAAAACAUUUUCACGAAGAGGUACUCUGGAGGGACACAUGAGGAUUCACGAUGGAGUCAAGCCCUUUGAGUGUGAUGAGUGUGGGAAAGCAUUUACACAAAGAAGUCAUCUGAAGACACACAUGGGUAUUCACAGUGGAAUCAAGCCUUUUAAGUGUGAUGUGUGUGGGAAAGAGUUUACACGGGCAGGUACCCUGAAGAGUCACAUGAUGCAUCACAGAGUCCGGGGUACAGAGUCCGGGGAAACAUGAACACAAAGAAGUGAUCUAAAUACACACAUGAGUAUUCACUGUCGUAUCCAGCCUUUUAAGUGUGCUGAAUGGGGAAAAGUGUUUGCAUAUUCUGGCAUCUUCAUGGAGUUCUGCCCUGAACAUUGAGUGUACCGUAUAUAGGUGCCGGAAGACACACAUCAUAGUGGCGGGCAUUAGUGAGGUCAAUCCUGACUACAGUACAGAACCUCAUGCCAUGAGUGUUGGCAAUCAAUUAGUUUAGUGACUUAGGUUUUUGAGCUAUCACUGGUAAGUCUUUUCUUUGUUGAGUGAAAAUGUUGACCAAACAGCUGAUAAUAUGUUGCCUCGCCUUGCCUCACCAAGUAAGGGAGAUGUUUUACGAACGUACUGCCACUUUGCCUAUUGUAUCUUUCUAACUCAUAGUAACCUUGUGAUAGGUACUACUUUCAAGUGAGACCUGCUUGGAGGUAUUACUCUAUUGUUUCAGUAUAACGCUGUGUAAGCAUGGUAAGGUAUCCCAAUGUUUCUGUAUUGUGGUAUUUCUUGGAGUCAUGUUUUAACCAUGACUUUAAUAUGAGUAGAUCAGGAGUCAACUCAGCUCGCCAUUCAUUUGUGCUCAUUAUGCAUUACAUGGUAACCUGCAACAAGAGAAUCAUAAAUCAGUGUUUUUCAAGGAAACUUUCCAUGUGCAUUCCUCAAUACCUAAACUGGUGCCUUUUGCUAUUUUGAAAUUUUUCUAAAUUAUAUUUUUUGUUGUUUCUAUGGAAGCAAUUUCAACUUAAUCUUAAAUGAAGGUCUGGUUCUAUGAAAUUUCCCAUGUGCAUUUGUUAUCAGUUUAACUGAAGCCUUUUGCUGUGUUAUUCUUUUUUUGUUUCCCUAACCAUGCUAACCAUGAUAACAAUUUGAACUUCGUCUGAAAACAACACUAGGCUUCGUUUCUGAGCCAUAACAGGAGGCACGGUAGGCCCAGUUGUCUAAGGUGCCGCGAUUCGCUAUGCAGAGUUGUGUCCCUUGGGCACG